CUCACCACUAGGGCUUAGGGUAGGGUAGAAGAUCGGUUCCACGUAAAUACAAUUGAUCCCCAAUCCGCGCCCGUUUUCUUAUCGUUGGGGAUAACAAGUGGGUGCAGUCGUUUAUGGCUGUGCACAUCACAACUGGACUCGGACAUAGUCGUAAUUUAAACAAAUCGCCGCUCCAAUGGGCAAGGAUCAACAUUUGCUGACGGCAGCAAGAAGUGGCGAUAUUCGAACCGUCGACAAGCUGCUGGACCAUUCUUCCAAACGUCACGGACCAUUGUCGAGCUUUCGCCGCAGUCCCAGCAUCAAUUGCCAAGAUGUGAAUGGCUACACCUCACUGCACCAUGCCUGCCUCAAUGGACAUGGCAGCAUUGUGCGCCUGCUGCUGUCCCACAAUGCCCAGCUGGAUGUGCCGGAUAUUCGUGGCUCCACACCGCUGUUUCUCGCCGCUUGGGCGGGACAUCAUGACAUUGUGAAGAUGCUGCUAAUGCACAGCCCACAUGGCGCCAAUCCCAAUGCCCAAACGAUCGAGAACGAGACGCCAUUGCAUUCGGGUGCCCAGCAUGGCCACAACACCGUCGUGGCCAUCCUGCUCUCCUAUGGUGCUGAUCCGGCCAUACGCAACAACAGCUUCCAGACGGCUCUGGAUCUGGCCGCGCAGUUCGGACGCUUGCAGGUGGUUCAGACGCUGCUGCGGGUCUAUCCAGAUCUUAUACUGCCAUACAAAAGAGACGACGGGCGGGAUAUGUCCGAGUUGCUGGGCUAUGCCAGUCCUUAUGCCACGUCGCCCACAAAGAACAUUUUCACGCACACUUGCCUGCAUCUAGCCAGCCGCAAUGGACACAAAAAGGUGGUGGAGACGCUGCUGGCUGCGGGCGUGGAUGUCAACAUACUCACACAUGCGGGCAGCGCCCUGCACGAGGCGGCGCUGUGCGGCAAGAAGUCUGUUGUGGUCACCCUGCUAAAGGCGGGCGUUUUUGUACACGCCACAGAUGGCAACGGACGCACUGCCCUGAAUAUACUCUCGGACUAUCCACCGCACGUUACAUACGACAUUGUGGGCGUCAUUAAUGAGUUUACCAACCAAGCGAUGGCACAGCAGACUCGUCUGGCUGUUGACGAAUUGAUCGUGGAGAAUGGCACACAGUCGCUGCCGAAGCGUUUGUUCGAAAAGAACUCGCAGCGUCAGAAGUUGGCCAAGCUGCGAGACUCGGCGAGGCAGAGGAAAAACCAAGAUCAAGCCAACGGACUUUCGCACUCUUUAAGCUCGCUGGAUAUGUACACCAAGCUGCCGGAUAACUAUCUGGCCAUGAAGCCGAUUAUUCUGCAGAAAUCAUUCAACGAUGUUCACACCAUCAAGGGGGACAGGGACAACAGGGAGCAUUGGGAGACGUACAAGCCUGUGUACAAGCAGCCGCAGCUGCCCAGCUUUCAGACGUUCAGCGACAUCUCGAGUGCCUCGGUGCCAUCGCGUUCCUACGAGUACAUAAAUCUAUUGAAGAACGGUUCCGGCAGCGAUGACAACAACUCCGCCAGCACGAGCAGUAAUUCUGCAGCACGACAACAGGCUGUGGCUUCUUAUGUGGAAAUGUCGCUACCAUCUCCGCCAAUUCCCAUGCCACGCACUCACAUUAAUGGCAAAUCCAACGACUACGCGAAUCUUGUGGUAAUCGAAGAAGCAACCAAUGGAGAGCCAGCCAAAACAGCUGUAUUGGACAGCAACAACAACAGCAGCAACGGGAAUGGCAACAAAUUGCGAACAGUGCGUCAUUCGCCCACGCCGGACUAUCCGCCGCCCACGGUUACGGAGGCGGAGCACACGAUAUUGAACUACAUACUGCCCGUGACACUGCGCAAGGAGAGCCACUUGGAGACGAGUGAAUCGACACGAACCACAAACUCUUUUAAUUCGGAUCAUGUGGAAGAAUUUGUCGGCGAUAUUCCAUUCGCGGGACUCUUCAAGGGUUCCACAUUGAAUUUGGCAGCAGACACGACGGAUGGACGCGGCUCAGUGCCGCGGGAGCGUGACUUCUUGCGUUCGCCGAGCAUGGUGAGGUCUGUCCAUCGCCGCAGUCUGUCCAAGCAGCGCUACUCGGCAUUGGGCGAGGAUUUCAGCGCCUCUCGUGUGUGGGCCGAGAUUGAUACAAUUUUUGAGAACAUCGGAAAUGAAGUGUCUACCGAAUACGAUCAAGACACCGAGCAGGAACAGGAGCAGGAGGAGGAGGAGCAGCUCCAGUGCGUGCCUGCUGCUGCUGAUGAUCCACGACACUCUUUGCACAUACGCAAUCCGGCGGAGCUGCUCCUGGGCAAGAGCCAGAGCUCAAGCUCCGACUCACAUUGGUGUCACUCGCCGUACACCCUCAUCUAUGGCGAAAUUCGUUACUCGCUUUUUUAUCUGGGAUCGACGGUCAUAAGGCAAUUGCAGGGCACACUGUCCACGCGCAAGUCCAUACAGAAGCUGAAGAUCGACGAGAACAGGAAAUCGGCGGCGAGUGUCAGUGACUUUAGCCUGCUCGAGAAUUGUACAACAUCCACCAAAUAUCUGAAGGCUGCCAAUCUGCAGACGCGUCUCAACGUGGACAUUGCGGUCUCGUGUGUCGGUGUUAAGUUUGUGGAUCAUGAGAAAAAGACUGCCAUCUGCUGCCAUGACAUUGAGAAUAUCAAUUGUGUGUGCCAGGACACUGAGGAUUUGCGGUACUUUGCAUAUAUAACCAAAGAGCAGGAUCUGCAUUAUUGUCAUGUCUUUAUGGUCGAUAAUUUGGAGCUGGCCAAGGAAAUUAUUUUGACUUUAGGACAGGCGUUUGAGGUUGCCUACCAGCUAGCCCUGAGCAGACAAACCACACCCAUAAUCGAAGAGUGCUAAUC